AAAUACCUUUGAAAAUGAGCUUCCCGCUACUACCCCCGCCGCGGCCCCUGGAGGCGACAUUCAGCCUCUUGGCCAGGGCCCCAAUGAUACCGCCAAGAACACCCUCUGGAUGGGCGAACUUGAGCCUUGGAUGGACGAGAACUUCAUCAAGGGAGUUUUCCGCACCUGCUCUGACCAAACCGUGAACGUCAAGGUUAUCCGAGACAAGAACUCUGGUGCCGGAUAUUGCUUUGUUGAGUUUCCUAACAAUGAAGCUGCUACGUCCGCCCUUGGCCUGAAUGGAUCUGCCAUUCCCAAUUCUACGCGUGUUUUCAAGCUCAACUGGGCUUCCGGUGGCGGUCUUGUCGAUCGUCGUGAUGAUCGUGGUCCCGAGUAUUCGAUUUUCGUCGGCGACCUUGGCCCCGAGGUCAACGAGUACGUCCUGGUUGCUCUCUUCCAGGCUCGUUUCCCCAGCUGCAAGUCGGCUAAGAUCAUGACGGAUGCUGUGUCGGGCCAGAGCCGUGGCUAUGCCGUCCCAUGCGCAUUUCGACUGCCACUCCCAAGAACCGAUCGCACGGCUUCCCCGGUCACCACGCCCCCUUCGAUGAUGAACAACGUUCCUCAGCAGCACAUGUGGCCCGCUCCCUUCGCCCCUCCCUACGGCGGUGGUGGUGGUGGCGGCUUCAACCCUGCCACUCAGAUGAACCAGUUCACCGACCCUAACAACACCACCGUGUUCGUUGGUGGUCUUUCGGGCUACGUCACCGAAGACGAACUUCGAUCGUUCUUCCAGGGCUUUGGCGAAAUCACCUACGUCAAGAUCCCUCCUGGCAAGGGCUGCGGCUUCGUGCAGUUCGUUCACCGCCAUGCCGCUGAGAUGGCCAUCAAUCAGAUGCAGGGCUACCCCAUUGGUAACUCGCGCGUCCGCCUCAGCUGGGGCCGUUCGCAGAACAACUCGGGCUUCGGCGGUCCCGGCAUGAGCCCUCAGGGCCCCCAGCCCCAAGGCCCUCCUCAGGGCCCUCCUGGACCUCUCCAGGGACCUCCCGUCCCUCCUGGUCCCCCUGGCCCCCUCAGUAAAUGA